AUGGUGGUGCAGUACAGAUGUCGUGGUUACUUGGGAAACAAAGUGGGAACUUGGAAGGCAUCUGAGCACUUACUCGGCCAUCACAAUACUCAUCUCGGAUGUUUGCUGAGGCUGAAUCUGCGCUGUGUCUGGAUGCAUCAGAUCAAAAUAAUGUCGUCACCCGCUAGGAAACAAGCAUCAAGCCAGAAGCAAACGUCGAGAGAGAGUCACAAUGGCUUUCUUCUACCACCUUGCUUCUUGACCAAUAACGUUGAGACCACAGCAGAGCUCAAUGACCGCCCGCUCCCAUGUCGGCUGGUAUUCUGGAACGCCAACAAUGCCUUGGAAAACAAUGAAGGAAUUGACGAGCUCGAGUCUUCAAAAACGUCAUAUAGCAAAAUCCUGGAGCAUAUACUAGGAAAGACACCCGAUACGUGCAAGCAAGAGUCCCCAAACGCCGCGAGUGGCAGGUCUGGAGACAAUGCUAGCGAAACUAAAGGCAGACUUGACCAGGAAGUCGACAUUCUCGGACACCAAAUUUCGCACGAUAGCUUCUCCGAGCUGCGAGAUGUCACUGCUGUAUUUAUGAUGCGCGACAAGGGGGGGAAGCUGUCCCCAUCACAUGCAGCUGUUCUUCUUUGCUCGUUAUGCGAUCUCGACUUGCCUUUCGUCGUAUAUCUAGCCAAAGACCUCCAGGCAACUCUCGUGUCUGUAGACUUGGAAGAAUUGGAGGAUUCGGGAUGGCAGUUCAAUUAUCAAGAGCAGCGGAUAAUUGCAGAUAAUAAAUUACCAGAAACGCAGCCAAAGAAAGAACCCAAUCGAGACUGCUUUGUUGGAAUGGCGGUGCACUACUUCGGCAUCCAAUCUAAGCAGCAUGCGUCCAAAGAUGCCUGGAAUCGAAGUGAAAAAGCCAUCGCGGCGAUCCUAGACACCCAGAUUUCCAAAACUCGAUCAAACAUACGAUGGCACAUUCCUCACUUGUUUGUCCCUGAAGUUCUUAAAACGUUCCAGCCCUACUCAGCCAGGGAUCUGGACGACGAUGAAAAGUAUGAAUUCGUGGAAGCAUCACAAUGGGCCGAAAGAGACUUCCAACGAGCCAUGACCCAGAUAACAGGUCGUGCCUUUGGAACGUCGCAUAUUGAUCUUAAGGACGUUCGGAUUGUUCUGUUGCGUCUGGGCCUCUUGAAAACAGUCCGCAAGACAGAAGAACCAGAUGAGAGAGAAGAGUCAAGCGAAACACAAGAAUCAAAAGCAACAGAAGAGUCAAAUGAGGGAGCCCCGGAGGAUUCUGGGGAGAUGAGCACUACUGACAAAAUCACAUCGGACACGGACGGAAUCACAGUUAAGAGCGCCGCGGAUCUAUUGGAGAAGUCACUCAUCAGCUGCAUCAUCAACCCAGAUGAUAUCGAUUGCACAUACGACGACGUUAUUGUAGAUGAGGAGGCAAAGGAGACUGUCCGUCACUUGGUUUCGCUAUCGAAUUUCCAGCCAGAAGCCGCAUCUACCUCCCUUCUCAAGAAUAUUCGUAUCGGCGGAGCAUUAUUCUGCGGCCCUCCGGGAACCGGCAAAACGCAUCUCUGCAGAGCUAUUGCCAAGGCUUCCGGCGCAAGCAUGCUUGCCAUUGACUCAGCAACAGUGCAAUCCAAAUACGUCAGUGAAAAAGAGAGACUUAGUAAAGCAGCAUUCAAACUCUCCAAAGCAAUGUUCCCUUGCGUGCUGUUUAUUGGCGAAGCGGACUCACUGUUCUACCGUCGCUCUUCCAGGGACAAGAGCUGGUACCGAAGUGCCCUUACUCAGUUUCUCAUAGAGAUGGACGGACUCUCUCCAAGAGCGACACGGCUCCUUUUGUGGCAGACCGACGGGUACUCUGGUUCGGACUUGCGUAGUCUUUGCGCGGAAGCUGCGUUAAUCUGGGCUACAGAACAAGCGAAGCAGAUGCCAAACGGCGCAAAGAUGAGCAAGUUACGGCUCAAAGUGUCGCACUUUGCAAAGUCGCUCAAGAAAAUCAGACCCAGCGUUUCUAAGAAGACGCUUAGAGACGUCUCGGAGUUUUCACGACGGUUUGGCGAGGGAAACUCCAAUGAUGACUCUAAGGAUACAAGGUCUACUAUCUCCAAAUCCAUGAUCCCCGAGCUUGACAACUCUACAAAACAGUCCAGUCCCUCAAUGCUCGGGCUCCCGAUAGAAGAGGAUCAAAUGACCGAUGAAAGCAAAGUAACAGAUGGGGGGCCAACUAGGAGCAAGAAAAAGCCGAACUCUGAUGCGGCCUUUGAACACAUCCUGCCAAUCACGGUUGAAUGUGGGCGAGCCAGACUCCGACACCAACCUGUCCGCCUGCGCCUAGUAUCCUUCCACUUGGCGCAACAGCUCCUGCACGGGACCGGAGGUGGCAUGCUCUUCAAGUUUGGACUUUUGUUCGACCUAUUUGCCUCGUUGGGAAACAGGCAUGCCAAACUAGAGGUAGGCCCUCGUAAGGCCAACCGUCGCGAUGUGAACGGUAUCUGCGUCGAAACAUGA